UUUUCCGUAACAGUUCACGCUUCGCAAGUCGGGGCUGUGUCCACGUAGUUUUUGUUUUUAUCCUUUCACUGCAUUCGGAUGCACUGAGUGCAGCGUGCUCAUGUUUCCAGUAGGAUAACGAGACCGCAUCUUCAUCGGGGAUGCCUAGAUCCGAUACGAAAAAGUCUGGAUUUUUCAAGGGUGUUCUCGAUGGGCUACGGUCCUCGGUAACCCAACCAGUGAAACCAGAAGCCGACGUCGAAGAGACGCUCCGACCGGAACAUUUUAAGGUUUCCAGAACUGUACGCCAUGGAUUUCCUUUCCAACCAACAGCAUUGGCAUUUGAUCCCGUGCAGCGGAUACUUGCCAUCGGAACAAAAAAUGGCUCUUUGAGGUUGUUUGGCCGGCCCGGCGUGGAUUGUACCAUUCAACAUGUGUUGGAGUAUGCUGUGAUACAGAUUUUAUUUUUGGUGAACGAGGGUGCUCUGAUUAGCGUGUGUGCAGAUGAUACUCUCCACCUCUGGAAUCUGCGCCAGAAGAAACCCGAGGUGGUGCACACACUCAAGUUCCAAAAAGAACGGAUCACCCAUUGUCACCUGCCAUUCAGGAGCAAAUGGCUGUACAUUGGCACCGAGCGUGGGAAUUUGCACGUAGUGAACAUAGAAUCAUUUACUCUCUCUGGCUAUGUCAUCAACUGGAACAAGGCUAUAGAAUUAUCUCGCAAGACUCAUCCUGGUGCGGUGGUUCACGUCAGCGACAACCCUGUGGACCAUAAUAAGCUGCUCGUCGGCUUUGAGACGGGAGCAUUGGUUCUCUGGGACUUGCGCAAUCGUUCUGCCGAUGCAAGAUUUCAACACUCUGAGGCUCUCCAUUCUGUGGCGUGGCAUCAUGAAGGCAAGCAGUUCAUGUGUAGCCACUCCGACGGCAGCCUCACCACGUGGAACAUACGAGUUCCUGCCAAACCGAUGAACACUAUCUUCCCGCACGUGCGGAAUUCGAAAGAAGGCAAGCCCGAUCCAUGCAAGCCCAUUUACAAGGUGGAAUGGAAAACAGUGAGGGGGGCGGACUCCUUUGUUAUUUUUUCGGGAGGCCUCCCCUUCGACAAGAGUGGCCAGACACCAGCCUUGACCGUUAUUCAUGGAAAAACCACAACAGUUUUGGAAAUGGAGCACAACAUAGUUGAUUUUGUUACCCUCUGUGAAACCCCAUUCCAAAGUGAAUUCCAUGAACCCUACGCUGUUGUUGUUCUUCUACAGAAUGAUCUAGUGGUGGUUGACCUCACAAGCCAAGGCUACCCGUGUUUCCAGAACCCUUACUCGAUGGACCUGCAUGAAUCUCCUGUCACCUUUUGUACGUACUUGGCCGACUGUCCGACAGACCUCGUCCCUGCUUUUUACUCAGUGGGCAGCAAGGCCAACAAGAGGGGAGGGUUCUCGGAAAAGGAAUGGCCAAUCAGCGGGGGUGAGUGGGGAACAUCAACAGUCAGCUAUCCUGAAGUGAUCAUCACUGGGCAUGCUGAUGGCUCCCUAAAGGUGUGGGAUGCAUCUUCAGUGACGCUUCAGGUGUUGUACCGGCUGAAAACCUCCAAGGUGUUCGAGAAGCCCAAGAGCCGUGGCAGUCAGGAGGUGCCGGACGACGACCCCUUUGCCGUGGAGAAGGUGGCCUUUUGUGCCGACAGUCGUUUGCUGGCCGUGGCUGGCUCCAGCUUCUACGUCAUCGUGUUUGUGUUCAGGAAACAGGAGGCCUCGGUGGAAGUGGACGUUCUCGAGACCCCGAUCCUCUAUGAGGUCGAUGAUGACGGUGACUGUUCCCCUGAGUGCGAGUAUCAACGUCAAUCAUCGCAGCAGGGAUCCUGCCCCAGUGCCUUGGAAGAGGGUUGUAGAAAGGCUUCUUCGGAGCACUACACCUCGUUGAAUGUCAAGUCGGGCCCGCAGAAAUGGGGCACAGGCUUUCAGCCUUCCUUGGUGUGCAUGCUCCCAUGGGUGCGGGGGGAGACGCCUGGACACAUCACUUCUCUCAGCAUCAACUCUACAUACAAUCUUCUAGCCUAUGGCAAUGAGUGUGGCCUGGUUGUUGUGGAUCUUUGUACGAAGACCUGUGUGUUAAACCUUGGUACCCCUGAUUUGUAUGGUUCGUCUGACCCCUACCAAAGAAUUGCCCGAUCACCCAAACGGAACGCAAUACUGCCUUCUUGUGACAACAACUCUGGUGAACAAGAGCAAUGUCGUUCGCCUAACGCUGACCAGAUUAACGGUCUUUGCAAUAGCGGCACACUUGCAGCCCAGCCAACUCAGUCGAAGCGGCAAGCAGACUCCCGCCGCAAUAAGUCUCGCAAACUUCAGAAACUUCCCAACUUGGUUUCCACUGAGGAACCACCCAGUUUCAACACUUUACCAGGAAAUCCUCAAACACCUAGAAAUGAGCGGCAAGGUCUGAAGUCUCCCAGUGUCGCUUAUCAGCGAGAUGACAAGCUGGACAGCUCUUUCUCACGGUCACGAAGCUCAAGCAUGUCAAGUUUAGAAAAUAUUAGUUCCGAAGCAAUCCUUUGUCUUAGCUAUGCCGAAGCCUUCUGUCGAAAAAGUGACACAUCAACAUCUCCUAGUCUUUGGAUUGGCACCCACCUCGGAUCUGUGCUCGCCAUCUCCCUCUCUGUGCCCACUGAAUCGAGGCACACGCAACCGGUCAUUGCUUCUCCAAGUGGGAGCAUAUUUCGGUUGAAGGGCCCCAUCCUGUCCAUCUCCUUUCUGGACAGCAGUGGCGUGCUGAUGCUUCCGCUGAGUGAACAGUGGAAGGACAGACCAGACUCGAAGGAGCGCGACGAUCGACGGUUGCGCAGUAUGCCAUCGCGGGGUUCCCGUAUCUCGCCCACGACGUCCCAGUCGCUGGAGCCCCGGGACACCCAGUUUGUGGUGAUGGCCUCGGAAAAGCAAGCGCGCAUUGUGGCCCUGCCCUCCCAGACGUGCCUGUACAAGGCGACCCUCACAGAGACUUCCUUCGUUGUUUGUGCUGAGGUGCUCUCCAUCAAGAGCAUUGAUACUGCAUGUUUGGUGUGUUACAUUGCAAAUGGCAACAUUGUUGUGUACAGCCUUCCUAGCCUUAAACCACUUUAUGAGACAGACUUCCUGCCACUUGUCGACAUGAGAAUUGCAAGGACCUUUUGCUUUAGCAAGAAUGGGCACGGAAUGUUUUUGUGCUCCCCAUCAGAAUUACAGAAGUUCACCAUUUCUUCAGAUUUUUGUGCCAACUUGCAGGAGAUGCUUGGUACCAUAUUCUUAAAUAAGGAAAUGCCAGAAGCACCAAAACAGGGCUUCUUCAAAGGCCUAUUUGGAGGUGGACCAAGUAUGCUAGACCGAGAGGAACUCUUUGGCGAGGCAAGCGGCAAACCAUCAAAAACUGUUGCUCGCCACAUUCCUGGAAGCACUGGCAACAUGGAUGCCAUGAAAGCACAGGCUGGCACGCUGGCUGGAGAAGUCAUGAGGGCUAGACAGGGGCUGACGGAACGUGGCGAGGCCCUCACACAGCUUGAAGAGCGAACUGCUCGCAUGAUGACCGAGGCUGAGAGUUUUGCCAACACUACGCACCAGCUCAUGAACAAGUACAAGGAUAAAAAGUGGUACCAGUUUUAAGGGAGAAAGGAAAAAAUGAUGACAGGAGGAGGCCUGCAAAACCCCCUCACUCGCUCUCCUGGUGUGUGCCUCCACUCUGUGAUUCUCACAACAGGGUGACAAACGCCAGCUUGAUUCGCUGACGCUUUCGACGCAUCUCUCAAAAUGGCGAGAUUGCAUCACCCCAGUGAUUAGGACGGCAAGAGCGGGAACAGUCUGUGGACGGCCAAAUCAAUCUUGUCGGACACUUUCUUGUGGGGGCUCUAUCGACUGGGACCCGCAAUACUGUUUAUAUCGAAAUGGCUCAAAACAGUACUGAAUCAUUUGAUGGCAGCUGGACAGAUAGAGCGCUAUAGAAAGGGAGUUACCUUCACUGCAUGCACUCUUUAUAUAUUGCAUACUCUCAAGUAUUCCCUCUAUCAUCGCCAACUGCUAAGAGUAAAAAAAUAUUGACUGACUUGGAAGAGUCUGAGAAGUUGUAGUAAAGCUUUCUAAGCAAACUUCACGAGUAGCGAUGGGAUUGUGCUAGAGGCAAUGGAGAAACAACCCCAAAUUCUGUGUGUAUGAUGCCGAUAGCAAUAGGCACUCUUUGCCUGCUUUUUUACUGUCUGGAUGCAAGUCACGCUAACAUGUGGUUAGCUGGUAAACCUUUUUCUGUGCAUGUAGGAUGCAGGCACAUGACUCAAAGACUCCAGAUUUCUCAGUCACCGAGCAAAUAUACCUCACAAGUAAUAGGGCACUGUUUUUUUUUCUCUUUUAGCAUCGUACGAGAGUGCUCCCUUGUCUACCGCUUCACCACAAAACGAGAGUUUUGAAAUGUAAAUUUGUGGAAAGAGAGCAGCCGGAAAGUUUUCAGAAGCACAUGGUACGAAACAGCGAAUCAAAAAGCUUACAUGCACCGUUUCUAUAUAGUGAGCAAGAUCAAAAGUGCGCUUGUGACGACCGUAUCGGCAACUUUUUCUAGCCUCAACAACUGCAAGUGUUCUUAGAUGGCCUACGCAACAAAAGCUUAAUGCUUUUCCUUCCUGCUGACUUGAGCAUGGCCUUGCGUAAAGGCACGAAGUUUCAUAUAGCAUCGGCUCUGAAAGCAUCCAGUGCAUAUCCACACAGCAGCUUGUACGUGCUUCACUGCGGCAGCUACUGCGACAGCGAUCAGUUUCUGCCGCAGCUGAGCUGUCGUGUUGAAACAAUUUUUUUUCUGCUUGCGGCUUGGCCUUAAUGACUCUUGGUGUAUGCUACAACGAAAAAAAAUGUCUUUAUAGGUCAUAUUACUUCUACGUAUAAUAUCCCUUACAUUAGAAGUACACUCCGUUAUUGUACGGUUUUCUUUAUAGUUAAUUGUGUACAUGUGGGUUCCAAACCAAAAUCCUGUACGAGAUUUACCAUCAGCUUGUCAACAGCAGGCAACUGCUACGACGCUGCACACUUCUCAUUCACUGAAGUAGGUGUAACAGCUAUGUUAACGCAUGGUCGGUGCCAUAGUUGGAAAGGUUCUUUUAAAGGUAUGCACGUUGAAAUGUGGGAGCGUUGCAUCGUGUCACACCCGAUAUUUUUCUCCGUACAUUGGCAUCUGGCACCGCUUCGUUGCGGGAGAUGCGUCGAAAGUUUGCGACUUCUGCGGUUUGCUGCCCUGUGACGUACAUUCCUCAGUAGGAAGGUCGCUACUCUAUUCCACUGCUGUGUGUCCCCAUUUCUUUUUUUUUUUAACAAUUUAAUUUUGAGCAUUCAUUAAGUUCUUAAUUAUUUUUUACUCGUCCACCUUCUGUUUCUAACAUUUUUUUCACGUGCCUGGAGCAACCAAAAGAUCGAAAAAAAAAAAAAAAACUUAACUCACACCACCAACCACCACACAGCUCCGCUGUGCAGCUGAAAUCACCAGCACCACCACGCCACCAAAUGGAUGUGUACGAUGUGUAUAUAUGUAGCAUCAGAAAAUGUUGACUGUUUAAGUGGUUCCACACACUUCUUCUGUAGUGUUUUGCCAUUUCCUGUAUUGUAUUUCUUGGGGAUAAAUGUUACGAUGAUGAAGUCAGUGAAGGCAAGAUGCAGGGGUAUAAAAUGAGACAUGCCUCUUUCAUUUUUCUUCGUGUUUUCUUUCUUGCCUUUGUUUUUUGCUCCUGUUACUGCUAAAAAAGGUUCCCGAGGUAUUUUUCUAGAAGAGGCUUUGAAACCCAUAUAUGCAAUUUGCCAAGUCACGUGGAGGCGCUCUUCGCAGUGUUUUCUGUUCUCAUCUUCACAGUAGACUACAAACACUGCUCUUUGUUUCUGUAGUGUGUUUUUUUUUGGUCCUUACGAGUCUUGCCUUCACUGUGCAGAUUGUGAGCAAACAGUUCUUCCAUGAAAAAGUGUGAACUCUUUUCAACCAUUCUGCUCUUGAGUAGGCGUUUAGGGAUCUACGGAUGGGAUAGGAAACUCUCUCCAAGGAACGAUAGCAUGCAAUCUCCAGCUCUCGUGAGAGAGGAAUGCAACUUAAGGUGAAUAAUUUCAAAAAAAAAAAAAAGUGCAUCGAUGAUUCAAUCGUACAUUAAGCGGUGGCAGUUUGUUUUUUGCACUUGUUUUUCGUUUUGUAGCGAGAUUAUGAAAAACUGUUUCUGUGAUCAGCGGCAUCAAGUACAAUUGUAAAUAAAGGUUAUGUACGAGUUGGCGCUAUGCCACAUUUUGUCUGUUGCCGUUGCGUGUUAAGUAUGAGGUUGAUUAAAUUUCUUUCUUGUUUUGUUUUUCUACACGCUUGAGUUUUCUUGUACCCGGUUGUCAACCACUGGACAAUUAAAUGAAUAGAAAUGUUGCAAC